CUGUAUGUAUUGAGUUGAUCUGGUAACACGUUAUGAAGAUGAAGUAAAAUUGCACUGUGCAUGUCAAAACAUUUUUGGUUGCAUUGUUCAAGGAAAUUAAUAUUCAAACUAGUAAAAAAAGGUAUUUAGAAGUCACUGAUGCAGUUGGUCACUGAUUAGCACUCUACAGCGGUGUGAACUCAUGCCAAUAAACAUCCGAAGCAAUAUACCUGCAACAAGUCUGAAACGUUAUUCCUUUAUUUCCUGAUUUGAUGUAAUUUUGCCGAAUAAUGCAGCAGGAGGCCAUGGAGGCGGAGGGCUCUACUUAUAUGCUGGUAGAAACAUUGAGUGUUAUUUGGAAAAAUUAUCUUAGUACCGGCGAUGACCGCGAAGCUAAAUUACAUUGGAUGGAAUUGUUUCUGUUUUAUUUUCAAUACGUUGAAGAAGAUACUUUACAGUCAGAAGUACUUAUAAGUUUGUUAAAUAAUAUUCCAGAAGAAACAACCUCAUAUCUCUUGGAGACAGUGUGCUGCAUCAUAAAUAAGUCUCACUUAUCAAUUUCUUCAUGUACAACAGAAAGCAAUAGUACUGACCUAGUACAAGAUGAGAUAAGCAAACUCAUAAGCGAUGUGAAUUCCUUUCCGAACAAUAAAAGUUUUACACCGCUCAUACUAAAUGCACCGAGUGACUGGAGUAAAAUAGUUGCCCUUCGCAGCUUUCUUACACACAGUUUGGGUAAACAUUUGCUUCGAUUUUUAUUGCGUGUGGAUACCAAGCUCAUCGCUUCACAAAAAGGCCUUUGCACUUUAUGUAUCAAACUGUUCCCGAAUUGUAAAUGGAAUACAGCAGAAAUUAAACUAGACUCUUCCCCCUCCAUAUUAACAGUCAUCGCUAAGAUUUCUCAAUUUCAGUGCCCAAACUUGCGAAUUAAUCGUACUACUACAAAGAAAUCACAAUUUGAAUCACUUUCACCUCAACAAAUUGAGAAGGAACUUGAUGAUUUUAGAAGCAUUAUUGCUAGCAGUGAUGAAAUCGCCUUCCUGGUGAUACAACUAAUGUCAAAGUGUGUUUCAAAUGAAUGUGAGGAUAAUCUUAAUCCCCAAUCAAUAUCAGUGCUUUCAUUAAAUUUUGCAUUGGAAUGCUUAUGUGGCAGUGAUGAGAUGUAUAACACAGAGCAAAAUGCCGGCAAAAUUAAGUAUGAACUUCUGCAACUUAUAAUACGCUGCAUCAACAAUAUAUUUAAUGCUUCUUCCGGUUUAACCGCUGUACAAUUUCGAAACGUAUUCUCAAAGUUAGCCACCAUCUUACAAAAACAUGCUAUAGAAGUCGUAAACCCAAAGUCUGGAAAUUUUGCCGAUAGCAGGGAGCACGCUUCAAUUAAUUUUACCGUUGAAUUUCUAAGUGCGACCAACUAUGUACUGUUUUACAUUCUCCAAAAUAUCAUAAGUCACCUACACAAAUUGAAAAAACCGUAUCAUGAUUUGGGUAGCAAAAGCAGCUUGAAUGAUUUUAAGUUCGUUGAUGAAAAUGUGAUUGAUGUAAGCAUUGAAACAUUCCAAAAUGUGUUACAAAACCUAAACACCAAUACUGAUGGAGAUGACGAAGCGUCAGUGCUCCUUAUGCUGACCUUCAAAGCACUUAUUAAAAUAAUAGAUCAGCUUUUCAAGAAUGAUCAACUCGUUAUGAACAAUUCUAUUCACCCAAUCGGUGGUCACGCACGCAGAAGGCGCCACCUUUUCCGGCAGGUACAUUGCUGGUCGUCACAAGCACCAACAUUAAGCUGCUUCUUUCAAGGCACUUUACUAAAUUUGCUCUCUAAAAUCUCUGUAGAUAUGCAAGAGUACGCUGUACGUUAUUUAUUACGUAUUGGCAUUUGCUGCUGCCUCUACACAAUAAAUACCUAUGCCACAUGCUUGGAUAUAGUUCUUGCUUUAGCUCCGAAAUAUCAAAAUUACAUUUAUAAAUUUUUGCAUCGUAAAAUACUGUGCACUAUUUUUUCCCGAGAUCAUGGUGGUCUGAAUAAACAUCAAUCAGAAAACUGUGCUAAAUGUGAUACAAAAUUAAAAUCGCCAGAGUUUCGAAAGGAAGUUUUGCAGCUCUACAAACAACUUCAUGAAAAACUCGUUAAUGGUAAUGAAGAAAUCUGCAAUAAAUUGACUGCACUUCAACUUUUGCUGAAGCAUCUAAAAUGCAUAUCAGAUACUUUGAACAGCGACAUUGCUGCAGGUAUUCUGGCCGAACUUAUUUUACCCGCGUUCCGUAAAUUUAAAUCGGAUAUACUGAAAAGCCGAAAUUCGAACAAAGCACCAUCGAAUGAAAAACUACCGCAAUCCAUGAACAGAAACUCACCUAUCACUGCGUCAGCCGAUAAAAACGAUGAAACACCAGAUACCACAUUGAUUUGUUUCGGUAUUGUACAAGAUUGUUUGAAUAUUUUCGUUGCCUAUUUGGAAAUAGAUAUACGUUUAAUAAAAGCUUUCUACAACGAAGAAAAUAUAUCACAUUUAGAGGAUUUGUUUGGCGAACCGACACUAGUUCAUAGCAUAUGCGACCUCAUUAAAAUCGGCAUCGAUAAUAUGGCAUUUUUGGGGGAAAGCAGUAAAGAACAAACUGUGUUAAGCCAACGUCUCAUUAUGCUGCUAUUGAAAAGUGGUAGAGAGCACGCUUUGCAGUUCAAUGCACUACUCGACUAUUCAAAUAACUCAGCUGCUAGCAAAGAUAAGAAGGCAGAAGAACGAGACAUAUCACGUGCGCCCGAUAUUUUGUAUGCUGCCGCUUUACAGUGGUCAUUUACAUAUGAGCUAUUCCAAACAAGUCAGUGCUUCUUUAACGCCUUUUCGGCGAUAUAUAAUUUAAAUAAAAAUCAAGGUAUGCCCAUUGACCACGAUGAUUCAAAGGAUUGCUCACCAAAUGCACUUUGUAACGACAAGGGGAUUGACGAUAUUUUGACGCUAAACUAUAAUGCAUUGUGCACUUUUUUGCAACUUUCACAACGAAAAUCUACGAUUGCCUCUAAACCCACACGCCCACAUUAUCACAUCAAUACAUCAACAUCAUCCCCAAUACAAAGCACAAUGUACACAGUAGACCCCGAAGCCAACAAAGAAGACUGUUGUUUGUCAAGUUCACUGGAAACUUUGCUCUCAAGCAUUGAGGUAGAUGCGAUGCAACAAACGGUAGACUCAGUUAGUUUAUCGAUUGCAUCGAAUGCGACAACAAUUGCCGGUGUAAACGCUUCAUCGUUACAUGGAAUCCAACACUUGCCGAAGGGUGAUAGCACUUCUCAAAUAAGCUUGCAUUUAUAUACAGAAGCUUUCAAUUUAUCAUUUUUGGAUACAUUAAAACACCAUAAAUCAAUUCACUUUGAAGAUUUGUAUGCAACUGAGACGGAGAUUGGAGAUAACAUUGUAAUUUACGACGUUCGCAACCAGGUCAGUUCACAUGCUGUUCACAAUUCAGCAUUAUCCAUAACAACAGCGACGUUAAACGCUCCCAGUGUCGGCACACUAGCCAACACAACUGUGUGGAACUGUGCCGCUGAUGCGCUUUCAACAUCAACGGUGGUAGUUGGGCCGGAAACUCGCGCAGCGGUACUAAAUAUUGGGACAAGCAUAAUCGGAAAAUUAUUUAGUGUCAUAGGUUCGAUUUUUGGUGGCGCUAGUUAUGCAAAUUCAGUAAGCGAUUUAAAUAACAGUACAAAAGAAGAGUGCCUAGAUGAAGGCAUCGAUCCGAUACUUAUUUGCUUAUUAGAAUCAAGUAGCGAUAGCAAAAGGUAUCUUCUACGAUUAUUCGAAGCAACAUUGGCAAUAGCAAUUAAAAGUUUUAAACAAGAAGGAGCAGAAGCGAUGGAUAGGCAUUUAUUGAAACUGAAAUCAGUGAUAUUGAAAAGUGCUAUAUCCAACUGGAGUCAAAUGCACACAGAGGAGCGUACGCGCGAAAACGCCGUGGUAAAAGCUUUGCACAGCCUCCUAAGAAUAGCAGAGCAAUACUCUACCAGCAAAGCCCUUGCAGAUUUCAAUGAAAGCAAUGACCUUGAUAAUACCGCCAGUGAGGAUGCGGCUUUACAAUCGACUCUCCGUCCGCGUGCGCGAUCUUUUACCAGUACAAAAACCCAUGGCAAAAACAGCAACGCGACCACACCACGUACGCCUGUGCCAAAGAGGCCGAUCUCCGGCGAAAGCUGCGAUGCAGAUUAUUUUUCCACGCGAAUGUCAGUAUUCUGUGAGAGUGAAAUGGAGCUCAGCGAGAAUGAGCACGAUGACAACUAUAUAACGGCGGACGAGGGCUACGAAGCUGAUGGCGAGAUACCUGAAAUAUCUGAAUCUGAAACUGAGUUGGAUAAGGCAGAAUUUUGGAAUUCAUUUCAACCAAGUUCUCGUUAUCGUACACAUCUGCUACACGAUGGUCUUUGUCAGUUGGUAGUUGAAAUUCUUAUUGAGCUGUCAGAAAGAUGCAUCCACAAUCCGGUGGGUUGGAGUGACUGUUUGGUGCAACUGGCAAAUCGUCUAUUCGUAAUUCGUGCUCAUAUAGGAGAUUCACUAUUUUUACUGCGUGGCUUUGCGCCAGUUUUGAAGUGCGGCGAUCCACGCCUGAGAGAACUUCAACAAGCCUUGCUAGAGUUAAUUGUGGACAUAAACACUCCUGAAGUUAUCUGCACAUAUUUUAAUAUCUUAUCCGCCAAAAAUCCGCCUGUGGAUCUUCUAAUAAGAUAUCUGAAUCAUAGAUGUGACAGUAAACUGAAAAAGCCUCAACCUAUGGUCGAAUUGGAAUUCCCUAUGACGAUCGAUGGCAAAUGCACUUCGACGAGCGAUCAACAUUUAACAAUGGAAAUCGAUCGCAUUCGAAAUCAACAUAUAAAUGCGCAAGCCACGACACCAUUGUCUCGUACUCCUUGUAUCAUACCUAUAACACAUGCCAGACUGUGGGGCAAUGAUGGUUUCACACUUUCGUUUUGGCUGCAACUGAAAGGAACAAAUAUUAACAAACCCUCGUCCUUAAAUGCAGAGGAUGACCAGCGUAGUUCUCUCGAAAACAAUCUGAAAACACACAUUGUUUCCAUAGGCACCAACCAAGUAAUGUUAAGUGUUUAUGUUGAUAGCAAUAUGAAAUUAGUUUUCGAGACAAGCAAGCCGAAUGCCGAGAUCCAAAUGCAAGCUCAAUCGCCGUCAGAGCUAGCAAACGGGAAUAUGGAAGAGAAAAAUCAAUCCUCAGCAAAAGAUGCUGUUACUGAUUCGAAAACACCUGCUCCUUUGGUUAGGCCCACAAGUGCAUCCACAAGUCCAUCCACUCUGCGAGUUGCUCUGAAACAGACUAAGCUUGUGAUUCUUAACAGCUUUAAUAACAUGCAUCUCUUCAAAUAUCAUAACCACCAUCAUUCGUAUGAGAAUUCUUCUGUUGAGCUGAAAUUAUUUCGAUGUACACGGAAUAGCUGGACACAUGUUGCAUUUGGAGUAUGUGCUCAUCAAGAUCAUUUAGAGCUAACAGUUUACAUUGACGGUGUGGAAGAAGAUAUUAUUAAUUUACAUUUCCGAAAUAUCCGAAGUUCCAUAAAAAGUCACGCCUUCCAAAUAAUAUGCCUUGGAGACAGCGCAUAUUCAGCUAUAAGUUCCAAUGGCUUGGGUGAUAACACAGAAUCGCAACGGUUCCACUCUGAGGGAUACCCAAUACCCUAUAGCAUAUCUAACUUAAUGCUAUUCAGUAACAAAUUUGCAGCAUGGGAAACCAUAGCCAACUUGACGGCAAUGGGACCGGACUUUUCAGAGCUUGCUCCACUUCAAGUUAACUCCUGGCAGCCAAAUUAUGGCUUUGUAAAUUUAAGUAAACUGAAAAAAGCUAAUUUUGGUAGUGUUGCGGAAUCAAUUAAAUUGUUGUACGAAGCUCGUUUGCUAUGCUAUACAGCAGAGUCUCCAGAUAUUGUGAUGGGCUAUAACAGUGAAUCAAAAGACGGAGGCGUUGUCAGUGCUGGACGCGUGUAUGGCUUAAUUUUAUAUGGAGAAUUGAUACAAAAUCACUUACGCUCCAUUCAAACAGCUACUUUGUUAUGUGGAGGACUUUCAACACACUUAUACUUAUUUGCCAGGAUUGUGGAGCUCAGCAGCAAUUCGAUGUCGCAGUACAUGGCCUUAGACUUUCUGCUAAGUGUUGCCUUGUCUGAUUCACAGUUAUAUGCGGAGUUUUUACGAAUAAACUAUAUGAAUCUGAUAGGCUACGUUGUUAAGACCGAUCGCUGCACUAAAGAUGUCAACCUUCUAAGAAGUAUUCUAAAUAAUGCCUGCUCACAACCCAUAAUCAAUAAAAGAGGCGAAACAUUGGAGAUUAGUGAAAACACUAGCGCCAUUGUCGUAUAUCCGCAGCUGAUCAUAUCAAUAUUACAUCGUUAUUCAGAUUGGCAUCGUUCUGGAGUGGAACACUCCGAAGUACUGGACAUGUUAUUCCUAAGUAUUUUGGCGUUGACCAGCGAAAAACAUCCACAUCGAGAUUUAAAUUUAUAUCAAUUGAGUGAAGCUGGUCUACUCAAGGAGCUACUCAAUUUAUGCAAAGUUUAUGUGAUUGAAUCACCAAAUCCGGUGUACAUAUCAGCAAGUGCAGCUGAAUCAUUUGUGGCCAUAUUGUCAGUUUUUGCUGGUUCGCCACCAUCCACAUCGCUAAUGGAUGAAAUAAUGAAAUUGGCCUUACUUCUGCAAAAGCCCAGUGAAUGUUACAUCACACAUGAUAGAUCGAAAUUCUAUUUUCUCUUAACACCACAGCCGCCAGUUAGAGAAAAAUUAUCAACGGUGUCCAGCUUUAAUCGAGUCGCAACGCCAUUUCGACGUCGAUCUAAACGAGAGCGACCUGGCAUCGCAGUCCCUAUUGCAGCUGUGCGUACCGCCAUAAUUAAAUUAUUAGCGGUACUUUUGAAGCGCCUACAACAAAGUGACAUAGUUGCGCAUGUGAAAAGCUUAUAUCCCCAGCACUUGGCAAAUCAAAUGUCUUUAUAUGCAACUGAUAUGCAGAUGUUUGAAGCUUGUUUGGAAUGGGUUACUGGCACAUAUAAUAGUUCGUCAACAGUUCUGAGCUCGGACAUGACUUUGCACCUGGUUGACCGUUUCGGAAUCAAUGCUCUUUUGUCAAUUGUAAUAAAUAUGGCUAACAAUCAAAAUAGCCAUAAGGCAAAGGCCUUCAAAAUUCUCAACAAAAUGUUUAACACCGACACAGAACAGCAGCAACUUUUGAUUGAUGCCGGUUUGCUGCUGUGUUGCACCAAAUCGCUUUUCAAUCUAUAUUUAGGCUCAAACGUUGUAGAUUCUUUGUUAGAAGAAUCGAUACUGGCGCUUUUAACGAAAAUAGGAGAGAAGUCGUUGAAAUCAGUUGGUCUCAUCAAGGUUGUUUGGGAUAUUUUAAACAUGCUUACAUUCCUACACGAAGGUGCAAGUGCCUUGGUUAUCAAAAAUUUACGUUCUGCGCAAGCGCGCUUACAAUUAAAGUGGAUAAGCAUGUUUUUUGAGCCCGCAAAUGAACCAACCACUUUUAAAGUUAUUGUGCUGCCGAACUCUACGUUGUCUAUUAACGAGACUAAAGAGAGAUUGCGCUUACUCAUAGAUCGUUGUGCGCAGUUCUUCACCAUUUGUGAUACCAAUUACACGUCUAGUGCUGCGGAAAUAGAACUUUUCCAACUAAUUGUUUCAUAUAGCAUUUCCACAAGCCAGCGUUGUAACAAUUUCAUAGCUUGGGGUCUGCAGCCAUCACGGCCGCGCGAACUGCGUGCUUUCAUUGUUGAUGCGCUCUGGAGUUCUUGCCAAUCCGAAUUAUUGCCGCCAGUUGUUUGCGAUGGAAAGAUAAUUAAAUCGUUUCUGUGGUUGUGUCUGCUCGAAGAUUUGGAAAAACCUUUGAGAAAUUUAGAGCGUCUAUGCAAACUAUUAGGUAUCAAUGAGCAUGAUUCGACGUGGAAUUUGGAAAAUGAACUGGAGCGUAUUGAGCUCAAUCGUAGUGCGGUUGCAGCGGAACAAAAGGCAAAAUUAGAAGAGACCGUUUUCCGGCUAGAACCGCUUGCUGUGAGUUGCAUUGAAUCGUCUAUGUUAACUACAAGGCGCGUUGCGGAGUUGCAGAACUCUGAACGCAAGCUAUUAAUGUAUCAAUUAAAAGACUAUGAUGACGCCAGCAUUUACACAAGGUGGUUGGGAGUUGUACGGCGAAUGACACACGAAGGUGCGCCAUGGCACUCCGCAGAACGUUCGGAAAACUCUUGGGAAUUAGACGACACUGAAGGUCCAUCCAGGGUCCAUACGCGCCUGCGCCGAUGCCAUUUGGAUAUCGAUAAACGCUUCUUUAUGGAGGACUAUAACACUACGGAGCUGCGUAACAGUGAUAUUCCAUUGAAUUCGAGUACCUCUAGUAUAGCAGAAUAUGUACGACCAUUAGAAUAUCUUCUGUCCAGCUAUGACCAACAGCUCAAUAUUUCGCUCAACUCUCAAAUAUUGUAUAACUUUCCUGCCAAAUUCUUACCAGUAGAUGGCGAAAUAGAUGGUGAGAUUAUUAUAACCGAUCAUAAACUAUACUUUAUGGCUACAUAUCGAUGCAAGUACUUCUACAUUAACUGUGAUAUCUCGAGUAUAAGUGAAAUUUGGCUUAAACGCUAUCAGCAUCAGGAAAAAGCUUUUGAAAUAUUUUUAGAUACAAAUCAAUCUCUAUUUUUCUCACUACAAAAUCAAGAAGAUUAUAAAAUUAUGUACGAUGUGUUUUGCGAUAAGAUCGUCACACAUCCCGACCAAGCAAAAAUUCUCGUAAUCACACAACAAUGGCGCGAAGGUUUAUUGACCAAUUGGGAAUACUUAAUGACACUUAAUCAAAUUGCUGGACGGACUUAUAAUGAUCUCAUGCAAUAUCCUAUAUUUCCAUGGAUAAUAUCAAAUUAUAUAUCCGACAUAUUGGAUUUAACUGACACAUCGAAUUUCCGUAAGUUGGAGAAACCUGUUGCUGUCCAGCACGAAGAGAAUGAACAACAUUACAUCAACAACUAUACGUACAUUAACAAUACGAUGACUAACAUGGGCUCCAUGACGCUGAAGCCGUAUCAUUAUAGCUCGCACUAUUCAAACUCUGGCACGGUGCUGCAUUUCCUCGUGCGCGUACCUCCUUUUACGAGUUAUUUCCUUAGAUACCAAGACAAUAAUUUCGAUUUACCCGAUCGAACAUUUCACUCUCUCAAUACCACUUGGAACCUGGCAAGUCGAGAUAGUCCUACUGAUGUUAAGGAGCUUAUACCAGAAUUUUUCUGUUUGCCAGAAAUGUUUGAAAAUUUCGAAAGAUUUAAUUUUGGUUGUCGUCAAAAUGGCGAACGUGUGGAAGAUGUACAGCUGCCGCCCUGGUGUCUUCGUGAUGCUCGCCUAUUCGUACUCAUACAUCGGCAAGCAUUAGAAGCAGAGCUGGCUCGUAACCAACUACAUCAGUGGAUCGAUUUAAUAUUUGGUUAUAAACAGUCGGGUGAAAAUGCAAUUGAAGCCAUUAAUGUUUUUCAUCCAGCGACAUAUCCAUCAUUCUUGGCAUCCAUUACCUCGGACCCAAUAGAACGGAAAGCUGUAGAAACCAUGAUAAAAACGUAUGGACAAAUGCCUAGGCAGCUUUUCAAAAAUCCUCAUCCGCAGACAAAAUCAUUGAACUAUUGUCUUGGCGCUAAGGAUGUGCUUCCCACCGUACGAGGUCUGCGUUGGGGUGUCUAUCUGGGAUCGCCACAGCUGCAUGCGCCAACGCUUGGUAAUAUUUACAAGAUUGCUGGCGCCGAAUAUUUGGUUUCAUUCAACAACACGAAUGUUGUCUAUGGUCUACCAACAAAAUCUUGUAUCAUGCAAGGUGCUGAAGUAGAUACAUUCAAUGUCAUAUCGUGGGAUUAUGAGGAUCACAUUGUUCGUAUCCAGCCACUAAAUAAGUUAAAUGCCAAACCGAAAAACAUUCUGCGCAGCAACAUUAUCGACGAUAUUACUGCAUGUGGUGCCGAUCCCAAUUCAAAUCAACUUUGGUUCGGGCACAAGUCUGGCCGUAUAAGUAUAUAUAAAUGCAGCACCACAGACAUGAACAACCGUAUAGUGAAAAGUCGUCAGAAUUACAUUCGCGGUCUUCGGCGUUCCUACAAUUCGGCAUUUCGCAAACUGACCACUAAAAGUUAUGCAGAGGAAGGAGAUACCAGCCAUACGACACCACUAUUGUGUUCCACAAUGGGAACAACGUCAGAUGGACUACAACGGGAUAGUGCCGAUCUGACAUGGAAUGGACCCACAAUUCUGCUGCGACACACCGAUGAGGUGACGAGUAUACGUUUAUCGGUUGAAUUUAAAAUAGCGGUUUCUGCAGGGCGUGACGGAAUCGCCGUUAUUUGGGAUCUGAAUAAGUAAGUUCAAC